AAAUCAGAUCUACAUAUAUAAAAUCCUGCUUGCUUCUGGGGCUUAAGAGAAUGUAAGACUUAUGUGUGAGAGAAAAGGAGGUAUAUGUGUAUCACUGUAUCCUAGGUCUCAUCAUUUUCCCCCUUUCCCCUAGUUCGAAGACCAUAAUAAUUACUAACGAAAUACUUCUGUUCUGAUCAUUCAAGGUGCUAGUUUUUGUUCUUGUUUAUUCGUUAUUAUCCCCUAUUUAGAAAUAUAACCAUUUUCAAUGUUAUACUUCUCAAAAAGGCUAAUGACAUCUUCUUUACAUUAAAUCAUCAAACGAUGAAAUGUAUAUCAUUUUAUAUUCAUCCUGUUUCUGGUUUUAUUGAGAAUGCAUGUGUAUUCUGUGUGUAUUUCUGGGUGCACUAAGAAUAACAUUGGUCGACAGAUAACACUGGCUUUUUAGUUUCCUUGGUUCUGCGGAUGUCUUAGACUAUUAUUGGCCAUUAGCUAUCAUUGGACACUAGGUAUGGUCCAUCCGUUUGUGUAGGAGAAAAACUAAAAAUUAGAACCAGGCAAGGAGUAGUGUCUAAAGUUAGUGUUAUGACAUGGCACUUUUAUUCUCACACUUCUGACCUGUUCCUCUGGAUUGGAGCCUCCCUCUAAUAUUUCUCCUACAAAAUUUUCUCUUGCAAAUCAGGAUUCUGGCAUUGCAUUUUAAAGCCUCUGUCACUUCUCCCACCUUCUCUUUGGCUUUCUUCUGCAUCUACAGUGUUGCAGAUUGAGAGCCAAAGUGGCGAGGUUAUCUGGAUACCAUUAGAAGGGUUGUUGCAACUGCGCAACAUAUUUUGUUAGGUACCACAACUUAGACAUCAAAGAUGACGUUCUAUGGUACGCAGGACAAGUGCAAGGCUUGUGACAAAACCGUGCAUUUCAUUGAUCUCCUCACCGCUGAUAGCAUUCCGUACCACAAAUCUUGCUUCAGAUGCAGCCACUGCAAUGGCACACUUUCGAUGUGCAGCUACUCCUCUAUGGAUGGGAUUCUUUACUGCAAGACCCAUUUUGAACAGCUGUUCAAGGCAACAGGCUCUUUCAGCAAAAACUUCCCCACAGGUCCGAAGGCAAAUGAUGAACAGUCUAAGGUCCCCAACAAGUUAUCCUCCGUUUUCUGUGGAACUCAAGACAAGUGUGUUGCCUGCAAGAAGACUGUAUACCCAUUGGAGAAGAUGACAAUGGAGGGUGAGCCCUACCACAAGACCUGCUUCAAAUGCGCCCGCGGCGGCUGCCUCCUGACGACCGCCUCGUACGCCUCCCACAACGGGAUCCUCUACUGCCAGAUCCACUUCUGGCAGGUGUUCAAGGAGACCGGCAGCUACAGCAACCUGCUCAAGCCCGCGGCCGGGAUGAACGCUGCUGCCGACGAGCCCGAGGCCGCCGCGGAGCCCGCCAAGGCAGAGCCACCCGAGGAAGAAGCGUCAGCGGAUGCGGAUCAGGUCCCGGAUGCCCCCGAGGAGCAGGAGGAGCACUGAAGCGCCCCCACGCGAUGCACGCGGGCGCGUACUACUAAUUUACUAAACUACACGUCUGUUGGAAUUUUAGCCGUAUUAUUCUCGCCUGUUUUUGGCCCCAAUUCUGUAUCCGUGCCAAACUGCCAUUGUUUGUUUGGCCAAUGACAGCAACAAUUUGGACAAGAAUGGCAGGAUGUGCCCGACAAGACCGCUAAAAUUCCGC